AUGCUGAUGGUGGUCAGCGCCAAAAUUUUCGUGGACCCGGUGGACAGCUUCCCGGCGCGCGUCAACGCGCACCUGCCGGGCCAGAUCCGCAUUCUCGGGCUCACGCGCGUAACGGACGGCUUCAACUCCCGGCUGUACUGCGACCGGCGCCAGUACGAGUACAUAUUGCCCAUCUGGGUCUUCGACCCUGCCGUCGGCCGUGGCCGCACCGCGGACGAUGUCGCCGCGGGGGAGGCGCGCCGGAUAGCGGCGCAACAGCGGAAGCAGCAGCAGCGGCAGGGCGGCGGCUUCUUCGGCGGAAGCGGCGAGCAGCAGCAGCAGCAGCAGCAGCAGCAGCAGCAGCAGCAGCAGCAUGAGAAUGGCGGAGGUGGCGAUGCAGAUGGGGGCGGGAGCGACAGGCUGCGGCGGAUGCGGGCAGAGGUGGCGAACAGCACCUACGAGUUCACAGAGGCAGAGCGGGAGAAGCUCAACGGGCUGCUUCAGCAGUACUGCGGGACCCACAACUUCCACAAUUACACGAUCAGGGUGGACGCGUACAGCAACGAGGCGCAGCGCUACAUCCUGUCUUACCAUUGUCCUGGCACCAUUGAGGUCCGCGGCCAGAAGUGGGCCCGGCUGGUUGUGCUGGGCCAGAGCUUCAUGAUGCACCAGAUCCGCAAGAUGGUGGGCAUGGCGGUGGCGGUGAUGCGCGGCGCCGCGCCUGAGGCCUGCCUGCAGGCCGCGCUCGACCCCGACCGCGACUUCAACGUGCCCAUGGCCCCUGAGCUUGGACUCUUCCUGGACGAGGCGUUCUUCGACGCUUACAACCGCCGCUUUUCGUCGGUCCACGGCCCGAUGACCCUGGACGAUUUUCGGGAGGCGGCAACGGCCUUCAAGGUCAACCAGGUGUUUGAGCAGAUGGCGGCGCGCGACGAGGCGGAGAUGGUCAACGCCCAGUGGAUACGCACCCUGCACAACGAGCCCACGUUCAGGUUUGAGGCGUGGGCGUCGGCUCCCAAGGUGCGGCAGGUCAAGCAGAGAAAGCAGGAGCUCAGCCGCCGCAGCGCAAAGGGCGUGCGGCGCGGCGGCAACGCAGAAAUCAACGACGGCCUGAACGAUGACGAGCGCGCUGCCAAGCGCGCGGCCCUUGCCGCGCCGGCAGCGGCGCUGGCGGCGCAGCGGCAGGCGGCGGCAGCUGUGGCGGCGCAGCAGCAGCAGGAGCAGCAGCUGGCGAAUGUGGACGAGCUUGACGCACUCUACUGA